GAGGUGGGCCAAGGUGUCCGAGGGCAUCGUGCAGGUGGCCGAAGACCAGCCGGGCCUCUACGGCACGCGGAACGCGCAGUGGGUGCGGCUGAAGCACAUCGCCACAAGCAAGUUCCUGUUCUUCAUGAACCACCACGGCCCACUGCCCGUGGACACGGGCGGCAAGUGCGGCGGGAAGGUCACAGCCGCCAACCUGAUCCGUGUUAUUACGGCGAACGCAGUAGAAGGCGACGCAAUUAUUGUGGUCGGCGACUUCAACGCGGCACCAGCUUCAGAUACGGUCAGCGGAUUGUCGCAGUAUUUGGUGCAUAUUUUUAACGGGGCGAUGUGCGGCGGCAUCGACAACAUAUUGAGCAACACGCCUCCUUCGUCCGUGAUCGGCACCAGAAACCUGGGGGACGGCGGCAGCGACCACGACGCCAUCCAGGCAGUCAUAGAGAUCGGCACUGCGGGCGGCAUGGACCCGAACGGACCGGCGGGCGUCGGAGAGGGGGACCACACGACCCCGCCGCCCGCUGGGCAAGCGCCGUCGCCGGAGGGCGGCUGCAAGUGCCAGUGCAAGUGGGCCCACACUCCAGGCGCGUGCGACGCGAGCUCCGUGGACCAGAGCUGCUGCUGGCAGCAGUGCUGCUUGGAGGUCGGGAUUACCCCCGCGAACAGCGGCGGUGGUCUGGAACCCGUCGCCGCGGAGCCAGAGGACGCCUGCGAGUGCGAUUGGGCAACGCCGGCCGCCUGCAAAGGACCCAGCGAUGGCACUGUGUGCCAUGACAAGUGCUGCAGCGAGCUGGGAGACCAGGGCGGCGACGCAGAUCCGCCGGCAGACGCAGCACCAGCAGACGCGGCACCAGCAGACGCAGCAGCGGAAGACGCAGCAGCGGCAGCAGACGCAGCAGCGGAAGCAGACGCAGCAGGGGCAGCCGCAGAAGUGGAAGCAGCAGCAGUGCUCGCUGGCGAGCAGGAGCUGAACAUGUGAGGGGCUGGAAGCCCGGUCUGCGCGGCGCAGCGUGGGCGUCGACCUGUUUUCCACACCAUAGCAAGCUAGGAUCAGCAGCCGUUGCUAUGAAUACACAAUUGUCACACAUGUUUGUGUAUUCUCUCUCCUCUGUCCCCCUUCCCUCCUUUCCUCCCACCUCUUCCUCCCCCCUCCUCUUCCGCGCACCCGCCGUGGGUGCCCUCGCUUCUGCGCGAUUAACCCACGCGCUUCGUAGGCCGCCUGGGCCGCGGCAAAGGACGCAAACCCCGCGGGCGCGCCUCGGGUGUCGCAGGAGCCGAGCAGCAGCAGUAGUCGUUUGUAGGAUCGCACUUCCUCGGGCUUGCGGGCAGAA